CAUAGACUUUUCCAAUGUCUAUGAUCCAUGCGUUUUUCCUUGUUUUUCUUCCUGGACGUAGUGCAAAACAUACUCCGCCAAGAACCACAACAUCCUCAUUCAUAACAUGGGAAACGCGACUUUUGAUGCUAUUUUGUUGGAGCCUGCCCUAGAUCCGCCACCUGGUGUGGUGGCCGACUUUGCCGAUCCUGGUGGGAGCCACAAUCUUGGGUAUGGCAUCGUCAUCGCAACCUCUGCCAUAGCAUUCAUCGCCGUCGCAGCACGGUUGGUGAGUAGCUCCAUGGCUAAGAAGUUCGUCAUCGAAGACUUCUUGAUGGUUGCAGCAUUGGGCGUGUUCGCCGGAAACCAAUACAUGACCUGGAACCUCUGCAGAUGGCCAGGUGUAUGGGUUCAUCAAUGGAACGUGGACAACAAAACACUCAUUGACUUCCUCCAUGGCUCGCAUUUGGGUGCUGUUUACUAUGGACCAGUUGCCAUGUGCAUAAAAGUCGCCAUCUUGGCUAAUUGGCUUCGCAUAUUCGUCCCAACAGGAACGCGCAACGCCUUCUAUUGGACCCUCCAUGUAUUGAUCUGGACCAAUGUACUCUACUACACCAUCACGACCUUCACUGAAGUGUUCCGCUGCUGGCCGCGUGAGAAGAUCUGGAAUCCCUGGUUUGAAGGUGGCACGUGCUCUGUCGACGUAUUGGGACAGAAUCUUGCAACCAGUGUUCUGAACUUCAUCUCGGAUACAGUCAUCCUCGCUAUUCCGCAAUGGGUAAUCUGGCAUCUGAACAUCUCGCGCGACCAAAAAGUAGGCCUAUCCUUGCUUUUUGUCGUAGGUCUCGGGGCAUGGACCAUGGGUGUGGUGCGUACAGUAUACUUCGUCAACUUACUACACUCCGACGAUGUUACUUAUCAGAUGACUGGUGUCGCUUUAUGGACUAUCUGGGAGGUCACAACUGGUUUCCUUAUCAUGGGAAUACCUGCAUUUCCUCGGAUCGCCAAAGCUGUACCAGUACCUGAUGCCGUAUCAUCGUUUUUCCGCUCGUUGUCGAGCGGCAGCAGACAAAAUGGCUCAUCCAGGCCAAAGAAAUGGCAGGUGAUGUACAAGCCGAAGUCUCGACAGCGUCGCAGCGUGUUUGAGGUUGAGAGCGAACUGAAUACGCACGAUCUGUUGUCGACAAGCAGCGUUGAUGAUUCUAGAAGCAGGAGCGACGAUGUUCGGGACCCAGAGAUGGUACAUGUACGUGUAACGAAAGGGAUUGCUCAGAACAGGCAGCUGCAGACUGUCUAAGCUCCUUAUGGAAGGAAGUACGUAUGUACAAGCCAAUGGAAGUAUCGUAGAGUGAUGCAAAGCGCACGGAUCUGAUGGUUAUGCAAGGAGAGUGAGCAAGGUCGCAUGUGCGAUGUCAAUUUAAGUCUGCAGCGUCCAACAGUCCGUGCGGACGCGCUAAGCCGACUAGCUCGGUGUGGCGUGGCUCCUCCAGGGCUGCGUAUAUAGACCACCAGUAGUCG